AAUAGCCUGUUUGAAUACCACCGCCGCAAUGGACGUUAUGGGAAGCUCUUCUUGUUCAUAAAGCCGUGAGCGACCUGGCACAAGUUUAGCAUCUUUUCCUUCAACAUACAGCCUUAAAGCAAGGGUAAGCACCGCAAUGUAUUUGCGCAACGUAGUUGGAGCAUUGUCGUUCGUGACAUCGGCUUCAGCAGCAUGUACUCGAGAACUCCUCAAGAAUGUCACAGACCAAUACAUCACAGCACAAACAAGAGGGUCCAGUAGCGAUCUAGCGUCUCUCACGGCGUCAAAUUUCACCUACACGGAGAAUGAGGUGAAAAUGACCCUUGAUCGCAGCGUGCUGACAGAGCGGAUCAUAAUCGACCACGAUCGCUCCAUUUUUGACACAGUCCAGUGCGCUACAUUUACGGAGCUCAUUGCGGCAACGAAUAUUCAUCAAUAUGUGAUCGGCACGCGUAUGGAGAUCAACUCCAACAGCAAGAUUUCGAAAAUCGAGUCGGUCGUUACCGAUCGUGGGGACUGGGCUUUCAACGCCACGGGAUAUAGGUAUUGGGACUCGCUCGAGAGCUGGGAUCCGAUCCCGGUCGAAAAACAGGACUCGCGGGAGGUAAUUCAGGCCGCUGGGGAUGCUUAUUUCGACCGAUUCAAGAAUGAAAGCAUCGUGAUCCCCUUUGGUAUCCCGUGUUCUCGUCUUGAAGGGGGGGUCUCUACUGCACCGCUUAACCUGACUGGGGACUCGUGUACGGCUGCCGGACUUCCGUCUACCCUCGUUGUUACGAAUCGUCGCUACGUGGUCGAUCAGGAAAUGGGAGCCGUCGACAUCUUCCUCGGCUUUCCGGGGUUGGAUAGGUCGCGAGGCAUGGACACGAUGCCUGAUAGCCAUGUGUUUAGGGUCGAGUCAGGAAAGAUACGCUAUAUUCAUACAGUUUCGUUGUGCGUUGAAUCUGGCUGCGGGAUGGACGGCGCUGGCCCGCCACAGAAGGUACGGUCGCUGCCCGCAUUUUGGAGGCCACGACGUCCUCUUCGUUUUGAUAUGGCUGUGAGACGCGACGGCGGAUAUUGAGUUUACUUCAAGAUCUAUGCAGCAUGUUUAGUUUGAGUCGACAGUGGGCUCUUCGUCUCGACUAAGAUUAGGGGCCGCAAAGGCCGGGUCCAUGUGGACACGCUUGGCGGUGGACACCCAAAAGUCUAUGGGCCCUUGGCACUGACUCGGAUCCUAAAGAUAGGUGGUGAAAGUCUUUUCUUUACCAGGCUGUCGAGGAGAUCUUUUGGUCCCAGAAGCGUACUGCUAAAAAAUAAAAUAAAUAGUGAGGCAAAUAGACGGAUCCUACGAAGUACAAGUAAGCUAGUUUGCAGUGGACGUCUCUCCUGAGACGUCUUUAGGGAUGGAGGAGGCCCCUCACUGAUGAGCCAGCGUUACCAGGCUUGGUAGUGCUAAGUUCCACCUCAUCUAGUAUAUAGCACUGUAGUACAGGUGUUUUGCAUGCGUUAUUGAUUGGAUUUUUGAUAGUUAUAACGAUUU